CUUCAAGCUCCAAUGACAAUCAAUGACUAACGUCACACAAACGCAUCGUGCAACACGAAAUUAUUUGCAGGAACUAACAUUUUUGCGAUCAACAAAUAUUUUCAACGGCCGUGCGAAUAUCCUUCCAACCGCAAACCAAAAAACAAAAAUUCAAAUUAUUUGUUACCUUUGCUUAUUCUAUUUUUGCAAUUAUUCGAAAGGAGUUGCAUUCUUCGAUAAGCAAGAGGGAAUACUGACCUUCUGUCUGACAUCGAAAGGCACUAUUUCGACGACUAGUAAGACGUUUUUGCCAAGCGAAACCGCUGCUGAGCCUGAGAUAAGCGCCGAUACGCCAGCCUAUUACAGAUCACGUAGCGAAGACUUCGAUUCCAUCAACAAUAACCAUAAGCACAUACACGCAAGCAAAUCGGAAGAAGUGAUCGCAGUGGUAUUGCAGCAGCCAAUAAGAAGUCAAACUACUACACCAACAGAAGGAGAGCAAACGCUAGCGAACGGCAACGGCGCAGUCAAGACUUUAAGUGCAACGAAAACAUAUACAAAUUUGCGCUUAGAAAGCAGGUGCGCAACUACAGCUGAUCAUCUGCAGAAGCCACUUAAAGUAAGCGCCAGCGCCACACAGAGUUUCACAGCCACGGCUACCUUAUUAUCCACAUUCAAGAGCACACCGAAUAUCCAAAGCAAAUCGCUAACAAUGGCAUCCAGCGCUAAUUUGAACAAUGCAGGUGCCGCCGUGCCACACUCGGCCUCCGAGAAACAGCCUUGGCCCAACUCAAAGGACGACUACGAAUUGCGCGAUGUGAUCGGUGUGGGCGCCACUGCGGUCGUGCAUGCUGCGCUUUGUCUGCCACGCAACGAGAAAUGCGCCAUUAAGCGUAUCAAUUUGGAGAAAUGGAAUACGUCUAUGGAUGAAUUGCUCAAGGAGAUCCAGGCGAUGUCCUCGUGCAAUCACGAAAAUGUUGUCACCUACUAUACAUCGUUUGUGGUACGCGAAGAGCUGUGGCUAGUGUUGCGUCUGCUCGAGGGCGGUUCACUGCUGGACAUUAUUAAACACAAAAUGCGCACGGCGAAUUGCAAACAUGGCGUAUUCGAUGAGCCGACAAUUGCCACUGUUUUGAAGGAGGUACUCAAGGGUCUAGAGUAUUUCCACUCGAACGGCCAGAUACAUCGUGACAUUAAGGCGGGUAAUAUUUUGAUCGGUGACGAUGGUACCAUACAAAUUGCCGAUUUCGGCGUUAGCGCUUGGCUGGCCACCGGACGUGAUCUGUCACGUCAGAAGGUGCGUCACACAUUCGUUGGCACACCAUGUUGGAUGGCACCCGAGGUAAUGGAGCAGGAUCAUGGCUAUGACUUUAAGGCCGACAUCUGGUCAUUUGGCAUAACGGCUAUUGAAAUGGCAACCGGCACUGCGCCCUACCACAAGUAUCCUCCCAUGAAAGUGUUGAUGCUGACACUGCAGAAUGAUCCACCUACAUUGGACACCGGCGCGGACGAAAAAGAUCAAUACAAAGCCUACGGUAAGACAUUCCGGAAAAUGAUUGUGGAAUGUCUGCAAAAAGAGCCUUCGAAACGACCCACCGCCAGUGAAUUGCUGAAGCAUGCCUUCUUCAAGAAGGCCAAAGAUCGCAAAUAUCUCACACAAACGUUGCUCGCCUCCGGCCCAUCCAUGGAGACGCGCGUACACAAGGCCGCCAAACGUCAACCGGGCGCCUCCGGUCGUUUACAUCGCACCGUCACCGGCGAGUGGGUGUGGUCCAGUGAGGAGGAAGACAACGGUGGCAAGCAUCAUUCUUCAGAUUCCGAAUCGGACGAUCGACCGAUCAAUCGCCUGGAACGCGCCGAAUCAUCGGACAGCGAUCAUGACGACUACUCCGAUGCGACAGCAACCGCUACGGAACCAGCACAGCAACCCGCAGUCGCGAACACACCAACAGCACCUGUGAACAUACCAGCGCCGGCAGCAGCAGUAGCAGCAGCAGCACCACUACCACCAGUAGGUGUGAAUAUACCAACGUCGACAGCAGCAACAGGAGUCGUGAACAUACUAACACCGGCCACAGUACCAGUUAUGAAUAUACCAGCACCGGCAGCCGUUUACAUUCAACCCGAAGAUGCUGCGAUAGCACAAGCCAUUGCCGGUGUCGCCCAAAUGCCAAUGCCUACAUCGAUGGCGGACAUGGGUGAUGCACCGCCCGUCAAUCUGGUGCUGCGCAUGCGCAACCAGCGACGCGAACUGCACGAUAUACGUUUUGAAUUUGCCGUCGGCAAAGAUUCCGCCGAGGGAAUUGCCAUGGAAUUGGUCGAUGCCGGACUUGUCGACGCGUUGGAUACGCAACCAAUGGCCUUGCAUCUGCAACAAUUGAUCGAACAACGUGCCAUACUCAGAACGAUCACGUUCCAAUUGAACUCGGGCGUGCAGCCGGGCGAGGUGCUCGACGAUCGUUCGCUGGUGGGGUAUGCGCAAAUUUCGAUAACGGAUUAGGAGGAACGGCAGGGCGCAGACGAGUGGGCGGAAAGCGGCGGCGGUGGCGUCAGAGAAGAAACAAGAAAUGAGUAGCGUGUACGAGGGGUUUAUGCUACAGUUUGGGGCUUAAAUUUUUAUUUUUGUAAUCAAUUCAGUUGCGGAGUAAACUGUAGUUUUUAGAAAUAUUUAAAUUUUUAAACAUUUGCCAAACACUGCAAAGCCAGCGCAUAGCGUAGGGAGUGAAGUAAUUUUAAAUUAAAUUAAAUUUAUAUAAAAAUAAUAGUUUGGACAUACUAUAUAAUUAUUUAGUUAAUUAGGUAAGCGAGCGCUUUGUGUGCGGGACCAUUAAUUGCGGGGUAGGAAGGAUGCGCGAUGUAGUGAAUACACACACACGCAUAGCCACCCACAGUGUGAACAACUGAAAGUACUUACGAUUACAUGUUUGCGAUACUUGUAAUUAUUUAUUGUUGUAUUUUAUUUUAUUUUAUUUUUUUGUUUUUCAAUAAGCAUAAAGCGCCGUUCUUAUGCAACCUCCUAACACUAAUGGGAGCUGGAAAACAAAAAAAAAAAACAACAACUAGAAUGUAGACUUUAAAUGGUAUAACUUUAAUUAGAAAUUUAAUUUGCAGUAAAGCUUAGUAUGCUUAUUAUGUGUAUGCCUCCUUCUAUGUGUAUGCAUGCCACCAACAAAACAAAACCAUUAUAAUAAUAAUUACAAAAAAAUAAAAAUAAACUGCACUCACGCCUUUCAAAAAUCGUUUCAGAGAUAUGUUGGCAAUUGUUUUUGUUUUUAGCAGUGCAGUGCAACCUGCGCUGAUGCAAGUGAAUGUACGACUUUUAAAAAUAUAUAUACAUAAACUGUUAAAUUAAUUACUAUUAGUUUGGAUAUGUAUGUAUGUAAUUUAAUUAUUACGUAGUAACUGCAACAAUUUAGUGAGUUUUGUGCGAGCAUUCAUAAUUUAUACACACACACACACAACUAAACGAGUAAGUAUUUCCAUGCAUACAUAAAAAAUACGCUGCGCACUUUUAAUAAAAAAGAGAGCAACAAAAAUGUAGUGAAAGAACUGCUUAAUCAGAGUAGGGCAACUAAAUGGCAGAUGUUAACAACAACUGCAUAGCAUUUUCAUACAGUGACGCCUAAAAGCAGGCAACACCAAGAAAUCAGCAAACCGUAGAAAAAUGCAUUGAUUGGCAUGGCAGUACUACUGCAUAUGAGACCCUAUGCGCCAAUAGGAGAAACAGAAACCGAUGAUGUUGUUGUUGUUGCUGUAGCAGCAGCAUAAACAUUCCCCAUGCAUGCACGGGGUAUGCUGCUGGACUGGCAGUGCUUGGCCGCAUAUAAAUGCGGGUCGUUUCGGUAACGUAGAGCCGACUGUGAACGCGGUGGGAACGGUUGUUGUUGUAGCCAGGAACCGUUGAUGAUGAUAACCGCUAUAUUAGAAGUGUGCACUUAGGAUUUUAUUUUCGUAACAGCUAAUGCAGCAAAAUCGAGAAAGGUAUUUUUAUGAAGCGAAAAAUGGGCGCAAAAAAUAAAAAGCAAGUGGCAAAUCAUUUACGAAAUAUGAUAUUAAAAAGCAAAAGUGUAGCGUUAUGGUCUUUAUCGAUUACUAAGCAUCCGAAACAUUAUUAUAAUAAAUGGAAAAAUUUAUAAGCAACAAAAAAAUAUAUACAAUAAAUUUGCAUAAACACUUUUCGAAACAAUAAUUACAUUUAAUGUAUGUAAAUAUGUACUUGUCUGAAUGCAACAUUUGUAAACUUUUAAGUAUUGCAGUUGGCUGGUGGCGAAUCAAUUAAAAAUAAAUAUAAAGCGAACGCAAAUAAAAAAUAUUAAAAUUAAAAAGCAAGCAAGUAAUUUAAUUAAAAAUUAAUUAUACCAAUUAAAAUAUAAAAAAAGAAGUAAAUGAGUAAUUUAAUUAUGAAAUACAAUUUCACAAAAAAGAAGAAAAAAACAACUAUAUACAUACAUAUAUACGUAUACCUAUAUAAAUCUAUUUUGUAACUAAAAUUAAAAUUAAAAACAAAAGAAGUUUGAAAAAAAA